GGUCGCGCCCGCGCUCUCAGCUGACGGAGAGCCCGGGUAAGAUGGCGGAGGAAGCGGUGGCGAGCCCGGUGGGGUCCGGGGUGCUGCAGGAGAUCUUCACUAGCCCGCUCAACGUCAGCCUCCUGUUCCUCUGCCUCUUCCUCCUCUACAAGAUCGUGCGGGGCGACCGGCCUCCGGCGGACGACGAGGCGGACGAAGGGGAGAAGCUGCCCCGCCUGCGGAGGGACUUCACCCCGGCCGAGCUGCGGCAGUUCGACGGCAGGCAGGACCCGCGGAUCCUCAUCGCCGUCAGGGGCAAGGUCUUCGAUGUGACCAGCGCCAAAAAGUUCUACGGAGAAGGUGCUCCUUACGGUGUGUUUGCUGGAAGAGAUGCGUCAAGGGGCCUUGCUACAUUUUGUCUGGACAAAGAGGCACUGAGGGAAGAAUAUGAUGACUUGUCUGAUCUUAAUGCUAUGCAGUUGGAAAGUCUUCAAGAGUGGGAAAUGCAGUUCAAUCAGAGGUACAACUACAUUGGAAAACUCCUGAAGCCUGGAGAAGAGCCAACAGAAUACACAGAUGAAGAAGAUACAAAAGAAGCUAAAGAAUUGAAGAAGGAGUGAAGUUCUGCAGUUUAGAGAGAUCUAUUUUUGUAGAAUCGAUUACAUGACAAGAACAUUGAAUUUUUGGAGUAAAUUUCUUUGGGCCAGGGAGGGCAUGAUUUUCACAACAGUUCAGAACUCAUCACAUCGGCAAAUGUUUUUUGUUCGGAGUAGCGAGUGAACGUUUGAAGAAGAAUGUUAAGUUGUAUGUAGGAGGUUUGUCAUUCCAAAUAACAUUGAACCUGAAAUAUUGUAAAAGCAUACUAACACUCGUCAUCCCAGUCAAAAUAGGGCAGCUCAGUCUAAUAAUCAAGCUGCUCAGUUCAGGUUUCUCUGAAAUGUCUGAAAUAUUUGGCUCAUUUCUUUAAAGUUAGAGGAUUCAAGGCCUUUGCUACAUUUUGGUAAUUAAGUUCAUGGAAGUCACUACAUGGAAAUGGACUACUUAGUCCAUCCAUUUGAUAUCAACAAUUACCUUUCACGAGAGCUUUUUAUGUUACUCACAUUCCUGCAGAGCUAAUCUAUAUUAGUUUGAUGUUGAGCCUCUGCCUGUGUUGCCAGAGAAAUGAGCAACAUAAAGCCAAAUUACUGUUGUAUAGAGUCACUGUAAAACCAGCUGUUAAUUUUGUUCAGUGGUGUAAUUUUUCUUUUCUUUAUGCAACACAGCCCUUCUAAUCAGGUGUGGUGCCUCGGUGGCAGUUUGUAACAACUUAACACGAUAAGACAGAUAAUUUCUAAGGGUUGAUUUUGCAAGAUCUGUCACGUAAGAGUCCAUUGGUUAAAACCACGUUUUCUUUAAAAUAAUGAGCUUAUGAACCAAAUCAUUUUAAUAUGCGUGCAAAAUUAUUCCAACAGGAUGCUUAGUUACAGUAUUUUUUUCCUAAUUGAAGGAAUAACGAUUUUUUAUCUGUGUUCUUAUCUGAUACAUUACAGUCAUCACAUGUAGAAGACUGAAAUGUGAUUUGUUUAAGGGAUUGACUUUUUUAAAAAAAUUAAACACCCAUGUAUCUACUAACAAAAUAUUAUUGAACCUGUUCAAACAUAUACCAGGUAAUACUGGAAGCCUUUCUAUCUAUUUGUUGAAAUAAAGAAUGUCGCUUCUUGGAA